AUGCUCAAAUUGAGUGUGUAUGAGAUCAUAGGAAGUGUUUUUAAGAAGAUAAGAUGGAAGACGAGUGCAAUCAAGAAAGAUGUUACAGAAUUGAUAGGCAAUACCCCAAUGGUAUAUCUCAACAAUGUUGUGGAUGGUUGUGUAGCCCGUAUUGCUGCCAAGCUUGAGAUGAUGCAAUCAUGUUCCAGUGUUAUAGACAGGAUUGGAUAUAGUAUGAUAAAAGAUGCAGAGGAUAAGGGUCUGGUUACACCAGGGAAGACUAUUCUCAUGAAGGUGACAAGUGGAAAUACUGGCAUUGCAUUGGCUUUCAUUGCAGCCGUCAAGGGUUACAAACUAAUACUUAUCAUGCCAGCUUCAAAUAGCCUUGAGAGGAGAAUUGUGUCCCUAGCUUUUGGAGCCGAGUCAUACCUUACAGACCCUGCCAAGGGCCUUGAUGGUGUUCUUGAGAAGGCUGAUGAGCUCUUAAGCAAAAUCCCUAAUAGUUUUCUGCUUAAAAAAUUUGCAAAUCCUGCCAACCCAAGGUUAUUGUUUGUGAAAAUUCAAAAACAUAUCCAUUAUGAAACUACUGGCCCAGAGAUAUGGAGAGAUUCAGCAGGGAAAGUUGAUUCUUUCGCUGCAGGGAUAGGGACUGGGGGUACAAUAACUGUGUAUGGGGUAGAACCGGUUGAAAGUGCAGUCUUGAAUGGAGGACAACAACGCAAGCAUCUGAUUCAAGGAAUUGGUGCUGGUUUUAUCCCUGAUGUUCUGGAUCUCAAUAUGUUUGAUAAAGUAUCAAGUGAGGAAGCUAUUGAAACUGCUAAGCUGCUUGCCCGGAAAGAAGGCUUGCUGGUAUGGUAA